AUGAGCGUAACAACAAACACUGUUACUGACGCAUUUGCUAUAUUUGAUGUUACACCUGACCCAGAUGAGUUAGCAAGAAAAAAUAAAAAACCAGAAGAUUCAGGAAGUGUUACUGUUAGGCAAUUAUAUAGGUAUGCUAAUUGGCUUGAUUUAAUUCUUCUUGCUGUUGGUAUUUUUGGUUCUAUUGGAUGUGGUGUAUUAACUCCAUGUCAAAUGUUAGUUAUGGGAGAUAUGGUUGAUACUUUUAAUACAAAUGAUCUUAUGAAAGCCUUCCCAAGUCCAGAUGCAAUGUAUGAUCCGAAUUAUUAUCUUCCAUUUAAUCACCAAGUCACUGAAACUGUUGCAGAUACUAUUAAUGAUCUUGUAUUAAAGAUGGUCUGUUUUGCUAUUGGAAGUGGUGUUGGUUCUUUCUUAAUGACUUUUUGUUUCUUUGUUAUGUCAGAACGACAAGGGAUUAAAAUUAGAAUGUUAUAUUUCAGAGCGUUAUUAAGACAAGAUGCUGGUUGGUAUGAUUUCCAUGAAUCUGGUGAAUUAACUUCUAGAAUUGCUUCUGAUGUCCAACAAAUUCAAGAUGGAAUGUCUCAAAAAUUUGGUAUUAUUUUCCAAACAACCACUUCAUUCAUUGCUGGAUAUGCAAUUGGAUUUGCAAAGGAUUGGGAUCUUACAUUAGUUAUUAUGUCAAUGUCUCCAUUUAUUGUUUUAUCUAUGACAUUAUUAGCUGUAUUUGCUACAAAAUUCACUGUAUUAGGAGAAGAAUAUCUUGCUAGUGCUGGUGCUAUUGCUGAAGCUACAAUUGGUAAUAUGAGAACUGUUCAAUCACUUGGUCAAGAACAUGAAUUUUGUGAAAUCUUUAAUCAAAAAAUUAGAGUUGUUGAUCGUUAUAGUGUUCUAAAAGGUCUCACUGUUGGAUUAGGACUUGGAGCAGUUAUGUUCUUUAUUAUGGGUGCUUUUUCAUUAGGAAGUUGGUAUGCUUCAGUUGUAUUAAGAGGAAAAGGAGGAAAGAAAAGUGUUACUGCUGGUGAUGUCAUGAUUGUCUUUAUUUGUGUAUUAAUUGCAACUCAAGGACUUUCUAUCAUUGCUAUUCCAUUAAAUAUAUUUGCUACAGCUAAAGCUUCUGCAUAUAGAAUUUAUCAAACAAUUGAUAGAAUUCCAGAUAUUGAUUGUAGAUCUACAGCUGGUGAAUGUCCAAGUGAGUGUAAUGGAAAUAUUACAUUAGAAGAUGUUCAAUUUAGAUAUCCAACAAGACCAACUAAACAAAUUCUUGGUGGACUUGAUCUUGAAAUUAAAAAAGGACAAACAGUUGCAUUAGUUGGAGCAUCAGGAUGUGGUAAAUCAACUACUAUUCAAUUAGUCCAAAGAAACUAUGACCCAGUUGGUGGAUCAGUUAAAUUAGAUGGAAAAGAUUUAAGAGAUUUAAAUAUUAAAUGGUUAAGAAAUCAAAUAGGAUUAGUUGGACAAGAACCUAUUUUGUUUGCAUGUACUAUCAGAGAAAAUAUUAUGCUUGGAGCAAGAGAUGGAGAAACACCAACUGAAGAAGAAAUGAUUGAAUGUGCUAAAAUGGCAAAUGCACAUGAUUUCAUUUCUCAUCUUCCAGAAGGAUAUGAUACAAUGGUAGGAGAAAAAGGUGCUGCAUUAUCAGGAGGACAAAAACAAAGAAUUGCUAUUGCACGUGCAUUAAUUAGAAAACCUAAAAUCUUAUUACUUGAUGAAGCUACAUCAGCACUUGACACUCAAAGUGAAAAAAUUGUACAACAAGCACUUGAAAAAGCUAGUGAAGGAAGAACAACAAUUGUUGUAGCACAUAGAUUAACAACUGUUAGAAAUGCUAGUAGAAUUUGUGUAUUCCAUCAAGGAGAAAUUAUAGAACAAGGAACACAUCAAGAAUUAAUGGAAUUAAAAGGAACAUAUUAUGGAUUAGUUAAAAGACAAAGUAUGGAAGAAGAAGUUGAUCAAGAAACAGUUGAAAAUGAUUUAAAGAAAAUUAGAGAACAAGAAAAUAAAGAAGCAGAAGAAAUUAAUCAACAUAAGAAUGCAGAUACAAAUGAAGAUCCAGAUGUUGUACAAAAAUUAGAAGAUGAAUAUAAUAAUGAAAUGAAGAAAUUGAAACAUUCAAAUAGAUUUGUAUUAUUAAGAGUUAUUCUUGAUAAUUUCAGACAUGAAUGGUUCUUAUCAAUACUUGGAUUUAUUGGAGGAAUUGGAGGUGGUGCUAUUUUCCCAUUCUUUACAUUAAAAAUUGUUGACUUAAUUAUGUGUUUAUUAUCAAUUAAUUCAGAUACUCUUACUGAUGACCAAAAGGAUACUAUUAAAAAUAUUUGUAUAAUUGUUGUUGUUAUAGGUGUUGCAUCAUUUAUAUCAUACUUUAUGUAUAUUGGAUUAUUCUUAUCAGCAGGAUUUAAGAUGAUUGGUCGUGUUAGAAAAGAUAUGUAUCAUUCAAUAAUGCAUCAAAAUAUCUCAUGGUUUGAUAGAAAAGAAAAUAUGGUAGGAUCAUUAACAACAAGACUUGCAUCUGAUCCAACAACAUUACAAGGAAUUUCAGGAGAACGUGUUGGAAAUGUUAUUCAUAUUAUUUCUACAAUUGGAUUUGCUUUAGGUAUUGCAUUCUAUUAUGAUUGGAGAGUUUCAUUAUGUGUUAUGGCUGUAUCUCCAGUAUUAAUUGUUGUUGUAUUUAUUAAUGGAAAAUUAAAUUCAUUAGAAGCUUGUCCAGCACAAGCAGCAUAUGAAAGAUCAGGAGUUACUCUUGUUGAAGCAGUUGAAUCAGUAAGAACAGUUCAAUCAUUAACUCGAGAAGAACAUUUCCUUGAAGUAUUUAAGGAAGCAUUAAGAGAACCAAGAAGAGGAAUUUAUAAAUGGGCACCAUUGUUAUCAAUUUUCAAUUGUUUGACUACAUUAUUGACUCAAGUUAUGAAUCCAUAUGGAUUUUAUAUUGGAACAUAUUUAAUUAAAAAGAAGAGUGAAUAUGAUCUUCCAGUACCUGAUUUUAUGGUACAAUUCAGUGAUAAGUUUGAAGAAAUGCAAAAAGCUAUUAUGGCAGUUAUUUUUGCAGCACAAGCAGUUGGUAAUUUAGGAAAUAUUGUCCCAGAUAUUGGAAAAGCUGUUAGAGCAGCAAAGAAUACAUAUGAUGUUAUUGAUAGAAAACCAAGUAUUGAUUGUUAUAGUGAAGAAGGUGAAACAUUUAAUGAUAUUAAAGGAGAAAUUGAAUUUAAAGAUAUUUGUUUCAGAUAUCCAACAAGACCAGAUAAUUCUGUCUUAAAAGGUAUUUCAUUCAAAGUAGAACAAGGAAAGACUGUUGCAUUAGUUGGGGCAUCAGGAUGUGGUAAAUCAACAUCAGUUCAAUUGAUUGAAAGAUUUUAUGAUCCAACACAUGGAGAUGUAUUAUUAGAUGGACAUAAUAUAAAGGAUUUAAAUAUCCAUUUCUUAAGAAGUCAAAUUGGAAUGGUAGGACAAGAACCAGUAUUAUUUGCUGAGAGUGUUAUGGAUAAUAUUAGAAGAGGUAUUCCUAAAGGUGUUGAAGUUACCAAUGAACAAAUUUAUGCUGCUGCUAAAAUGGCAAAUGCACAUGAUUUCAUUUCAGCAAUGCCAGAAGGAUAUAAUACAAUGGUAGGUGAUAGAGGUGCACAAAUUUCAGGAGGACAAAAACAAAGAAUUGCUAUUGCACGUGCAUUAAUUAGAAAUCCAAAAGUAUUAUUACUUGAUGAAGCUACAUCAGCACUUGAUUCAGAAAGUGAAAAAAUAGUACAAGAUGCACUUGACAAAGCAGCAAAAGGAAGAACAACAAUUGUUAUUGCACAUAGAUUAUCAACUAUUCAAAAUGCAGAUCAAAUAUGUGUUAUUAUGAGAGGAAGAAUUGCAGAAAGAGGAACACAUCAAGAAUUAAUAGAUUUAAAAGGAUUUUAUUAUACACUUGCUAUGCAACAAUUUGGAACUGUGAAUUAG